AGCCCCGGAUGAGCGCGUUUUCCGCUGCGACUCGGUGUUUAGCUCGGCUUUAAACCGGCAUCGUAACAAAAUUUGGUUACAUUUAAUGAAAGAUAAAUUAAGUACAUGAGCUGAAUCGCUGUUUAACAUCAUCGAAACUCUGUUGGGGCGGAUACUGAUGUGUUGGAACUCGAGGGGAUGAAGAGGAAGUCGAAUUCUUCUGCUGGAGCACUACAGAGCAAAGGCCCAUAUACUAAGAACUGCUGAAAGCGAUCUUAAAUGCCACCUAAACAUGUAGGAUUUGUUGACUUAAAGUUUAUCUUCGGCCGUUCCUGAUAAAGAGAGGUGUUUCUCCAGAUGUUCUCAUGAAGGCCUUGUUUCAGCGCAGGCUUCAAAAACUGAGGCUCUAAAAAGCAGAACAAACAAAGUUAUUUCUCUGCAAGACGCCUCUGGCUGAAAUCUCCGCCACAAUGGAAUCCUACCUGUUCCCAUUCGAUAACCUGCUGUGCAUGCUCCUGGGCAUCUCCUUCACCGUCUGGUUCACACUUCUCCUCGUCUUCAUCAUUGUACCGGCCGUUUUUGGAGUGUCCUUUGGCAUACGCAGGCUGUACAUGAACACGCUGCUCAAGAUAUUUGAGUGGGCUACACUGAGAAUGGAGAGAGGAGCUAAAGAGAAGAACCAACAGCUCUACAAACCUUACAGCAAUGGCAUCAUAGCAAAGGAACCAGCGUCCCUGGAGCAGGAGAUCCAGGAGAUGAGGCGGAGCGGCAGCGGACUGGGUGGGGUCGAGUUCGACAUGUCUGAUAUUUUCUACUUCUGCCGUCGUGGCGUAGAGAGCAUCGUGGAUGACGAGGUGACGAAGCGCUUCACAGCAGAGGAGCUGGAGUCCUGGAACCUGCUGACCCGCAGCAACUAUAACUUCCACCACAUCAGCACCCGGCUCACCGUGCUAUGGGGGUUGGGGGUCCUCAUCCGCUACGGCAUCCUGCUGCCACUCAGGGUCACUCUGGCAUUCACUGGUGUCGGACUCCUCGUGUUUCUCACAUCCAUUAUUGGCUUACUGCCAAAUGGAGGGAUGAAGAGUUUUCUGAGUGAGAAAGCCCAUCUGAUGUGCUACCGCAUCUGUGUUCGUGCUCUAACUGCCAUCAUCACCUACCAUGACAGUGAGAACAAACCCAAAAAUGGAGGAAUCUGUGUGGCCAAUCACACAUCCCCGAUUGAUGUCAUCAUCUUGGCCAGUGAUGGCUGCUAUGCAAUGGUUGGUCAGGUUCACGGUGGUCUGAUGGGGGUCAUUCAGAGAGCGAUGGUGAAAGCCUGUCCUCACAUCUGGUUUGAGCGCUCUGAAGUCAAAGACAGACACCUAGUGGCCAAACGACUCAGUGAUCAUGUUGCAGAUAAAAGCAAACUGCCCAUCCUCAUUUUCCCAGAGGGCACCUGCAUUAACAACACAUCAGUGAUGAUGUUUAAGAAGGGCAGCUUUGAGAUCGGCUGCACUGUGUAUCCAGUGGCCAUAAAGUAUGACCCGCGUUUCGGAGAUGCGUUCUGGAACAGCAGUAAGUUCGGCAUGGUGAACUACCUCCUCCACAUGAUGAGUAGCUGGGCCAUCGUCUGCAGCGUGUGGUACCUCCCCCCUAUGAGCCGAGAGGAGGGAGAGGACGCGGUGCAGUUUGCUAACCGAGUGAAGGCUGCCAUCGCCAGGAAAGGAGGCUUAGCUGACCUAUUAUGGGAUGGUGGGCUAAAGCGAGAGAAGGUGAAGGAGGUGUUUAAAGAAGAGCAGCAGAAGCUGUACAGUAAAGUGCUGGUUGGGGGUGAAGAGGACCGAAGUUGUUCCUGAGGACCAGAGGGACUGGUCCAGUAAACUGAUCGCACUGACCACGCUGAGCCCAGAGUGCAGGAGCUAACAGCACUGUAAAAAACGCAACAGGGCCUAGAACGUAGCCCUAAGGAACUUCGCCGGGAGAAUCAAACUGAACUGGACUGGACUGAAGGAGACAACUGCCUGCGGCCAGUUCCUCCACUCACUGCUCCUCAUGCUCUCUCACAGAGAUGUUUCUUUGCACUCUUUUGCACGACAGUAACAAAAACAGUGGCAUUGAAUUCUUGGCAAACUUUUUUGACUUCCUUUGGGACUGCGUGUUACACAGUGUUACAUUUCCUUUUCGUUUUUCUAUUUAUUUAUUUCUUUUGCACAGUCUUUUACAGUAGUUAUGUGUUCGUGUUUUGAAUCUGUUGCUGUAACGCAUGCAGGAGGAAAAAAUGAAGCUUUGCGCGUGUUUAGCCAAACGAAGCUCAUCCUGUGAGCGUGUAGCUGCCGUAGCUCAGAAGCUGUCUCUGUGUGUUCGCUUUGUUAGUGUUUUAAAUAAAACACUAAUUAUGUCCUUUUUAAUACAAUCUCUUGAGCUGAAGUCUAAA